GACUACGUGUCUAUACAACUUGCAGGCAGUUCGUCAUUUGGCCUCUCAUUUGACCCGCUGUCCGUGGGUACGUCCCCAGCAAGUUGUGCGUUUGUGUUUUGUUAUCUGGCUAUAUUCGAUUGACGCGGGACUACGUGUCUAUGCAGUCUGCAGGCAGCUCGUCACUUUUGCUAAUAAUUCGACCCGCUGUCCGUGGGUACGUCCCCAGCAGAUUUGCGCGUUUUUUGAGAGCCAGUCUUUCAUUAUUUCUUCGGAUGUGGAAAGAACGAUGAGUCGAUAUUGCAAGUAA